UUUUCUAUCAAAAAACACAUCUUUUCAGAUAAACCCAAACCCCAAAAGAAGAGGGAAAAUCAUCAGAAGAAUCCAAAGAUUUCAUAGUUAUUGCAAUGGAGAUCUCAUCGCUUUCUCUCUCAUCUGUCACUAGACCCGCUCAUUCAUCGUCAAUCCCUUUCUCUUUUUCUUCUUCAUCGUCUUCGUUUUACGGUAAGACCCGAAUCGGGUCUGUCUCCCUUGUUUCGGCUCGACCCGGAACUCGGAUCCUGACCCGGAAUCUGCGGUCGAAGAAGGGUUUCACUUGUUAUGCUCUGUUCGGUCUAGGUGUGCCGGAGUUGGUUGUUAUUGCAGGCGUUGCUGCUUUGGUCUUUGGGCCUAAGAAGUUGCCUGAGGUGGGAAGGAGCAUCGGGAAGACUGUCAGGAGCUUUCAAGAGGCGGCAAAGGAAUUUGAAUCGGAGCUGAAGAAGGAACCGGCGGAGGCUCUUGCUGAUGGCGAAGGUGACAAGCCCAAGGCAGUAAGCAACGACCAGAGACAAGAAGGAGCUCCCAGCUCCAAGGAGACAGAAUAACUCCCUUUCAAGCAUAUAUAUAUAUAUAUAUAUAUAUAUAUAUAUAUAUCGUAUAUGUAUAUGUAUAUAUGAGCAUAUUGUUGUCUUGCUUAGUAACUUCUUGAACAUCAGUGCUGAGGUGAAAAUGUUGGUGGAGAGUAAGGUUCUGAGAGUGGUUUCAUCUUCUUCAAAAUCCAUUUCGCUUUACUUGUUCCA